GGUGACGUCAGUGCGCUCCGCUCGCAGCAGAUUCAGAUUACAGUAUACUGCGUGCGCGUGUGCGCGUGUGUGCUUGUGUUCUUGAACGUCGGAUGGUGGCUGGAGGAGGAAAAGCGUGUUUACACAGACGGGCCGAGCGCUUGGGGAAUAGCGCACGGCGAGAGGAAGUGAGCCGGCUCGCUGUCUGCCUGCACCAACUUCCUGCUCAGAGAGAGAGAGAGAAAGAGAGAGAGAAAACAGUCGGGAUCCCAUUACAGUUCGACUGAGAGCUGCCGAGACGGCCGACAGCAUGGAAAAACAGCGCAUUAUACGGAAUUAUUCUUAAUAAAGCGAAAAAGGACCCCAAAAAACCUGACCAUUACGCACAGAUAUGGAGAGUGCUAUCACGCUGUGGCAGUUUCUGCUGCAGCUACUGCUGGACCAGAGCCAUAAGCACCUGAUUUGCUGGACAUCCAACGAUGGCGAGUUCAAGCUACUCAAAUCGGAAGAAGUCGCCAAACUCUGGGGCCUGCGCAAGAACAAGACCAACAUGAACUACGACAAACUUAGCCGAGCACUACGCUACUACUAUGACAAGAACAUCAUAAAGAAGGUGAUUGGCCAGAAGUUUGUAUACAAGUUCGUCUCAUUCCCUGAUAUUCUGAAGAUGGAUCCCCAAGCGGUGGAGCUCGGUCGGGACGGGGGUCACGUCGCAGGGGGCAUCAUGUUGCAGGAGGUGGAGUCAGAUUGUGGCGAGGGGGAGGAGUCUCCAAAGCUGUCGCUGUCAUCGCUGAGAAGCCCCACCUGCAGGAACGAGUAUCUCCACUCUGGUCUGUACUCGUCCUUUACAGUCAGUUCCCUCCAAAGCCCGCCUCCACUGCUGCAUCCAAUCAAAAUCGAGAAGCAGCGAGGGGGCGAAAGAGGGGAGGAGGGACAAACGGUGAUUCGCUUUGUCACUAAUCGAUCGGGCUUUCGCACCGGAGGAACCUUUUCAAUCAGCGAAGAGCUUAUUGACAAGUCCAGUUUGACACAACCGGUGAAAAAAUCUGGGAAGAUUUUUUUAAAGGGGUUCUCAGACUACUUGUGCAUGACAGGCUUCACAUACUAUCGCCUGCAAACUGACGCAAAGACGUGUCUGGACAUGCAGAGACUCACAUUCUCUUUCCAAAACUCCCUCUGGUUUGCUGUUGACACCCAGUCCUCUCCUGUCCUCCAUUCAUUUCUGGAGCAGCCUGAGUCCCGUAGCCCCUCUCAGCCCAGCCAGGCUACAGGGCCACGGGUCACUCUUUCAGACUCCCUCUGGUUUGCUGUUGACACCCAGUCCUCUCCUGUCCUCCAUUCAUUUCUGGAGCAGCCUGAGUCCCGUAGCCCCUCUCAGCCCAGCCAGGCUACAGGGCCACGGGUCACUCUUUCAGUGACUAAUACAAAUAACAUCAAAAAACAAAAUAAUGUUCCUGUCCCCCCCUUUCCCAAUACCUCCCCCUACACCUCUCUCUCUCUUCAGACUCCCUCUGGUUUGCUGUUGACACCCAGUCCUCUCCUGUCCUCCAUUCAUUUCUGGAGCAGCCUGAGUCCCGUAGCCCCUCUCAGCCCAGCCAGGCUACAGGGCCACGGGUCACUCUUUCAGUUCCCGACCCUGCUGAAUGGGCCGCUCCCAGUACCCCUCCCCAACCUGGACUCCUCUUCAUCCUCCUCCUCCUCCUCCUCUCUCCUCCUCUCCUCCAGCGCCCAGAAAUCCUGAUUUCUGGACACUCCACAUAUCCCCUCCCCAGAAUCAUACCUUUGCUCUCACACUAAGAAGGAAUUAUGGACCUUCAUGUCAUUUUUGAGCCAGACUGCACUUCACCCCCUUGUGGCCACCUAUAGCACCCUUCAGUUCUGUUGAAUUUUGGACCAGCAAACUGUUUUCUUCUUUAACUCGGGCUGCAAUCCAAACAGCUCACCAAAAUUCCUCCGCAAGCUCUUAAAAUAGGGAAUUAUGAUGAGGUAAUGCCAAAGAACGUGAAGUGUCCUUUUGAGAAGAUGGUGAGUCACUGGAAACAGAGCCUUAGAGAAUCUGUAUCCUGGAGAAAGUGGCAAGUUAUUUUUCAUAAUCUCAAUUUCAGAUCGAAACAAACGAUGCUGCACGACGUAAACGCGUUUAAAACAGCGUCGACUUUCUCAGCGUUCCCUACUGUUCUCCAUUCCUGAGGUGCUUCAACUGGAGAGAUCUCGACCAGUUCAGAGAAGACAUGUUUAAACCAUAUUAAAGGAAUCUCGUUAGCAUUUAAGUCUCUUUUGAAUCUUCCCGAGGCUGUGAACCGGGUUUCUGUUCGUUUGUUGUUUGUCUGGUAUUGUAUUGUAUUGUAUAAUAUUGCGUUGUAUGCACUGUGCUUCAAAUGUACUACCGGCUGUGCCUUUUUUGUGUAAGAAUUGUGUAUUUGUAUUAUGUUCCUGCUUAAAUACGUUUUUGUAAUAGACGAAAUUCCAUUGCAAUAUUGGAAAGACAAGCUUUGUAAUAGCUUCCGGUUUUUUUCAUUAAUGAAUUGAUUUUUAAAAAAAAGUGUAUUCUCGUAUUAAUUUGAUAUUCUUUGCUUUUCAAGAAUCAAGACAAUGUGCCUUGUGUUUUUAAAAUAAAAUAAAAACAAGCGUUGAAUGCGACGCAACGCUCUCGCGUCUGAACGGACACCUUGCAUUUGUAGAUGAAAUGUACACAGACACACACACAAAUAUAAUAAACAGACGACAGAGAGUUCGCUAUAUGAAACAGACCAUGUUUACUUCACUGAUUAAGAGAAAUAAAUAUCUGCAGUACAAAGAGUUAAACGGUCAAUUCAACCGACAGUUGGGACUGAGAGCGUCAGUGUUCCACGGAGGCGGAGCUUACAGGACACCACGCACUCCAUGCGUCACGUAUACACACGCAGUCACGCACACACUCACGCACGCACGCAUCUCCAGAAACAAUCGACUCCGAUUUGACAAUAUUAAUUAACAUCUGUCAGUAAAAAAAAAAACAGUCAUCUAAAAUCUGUUUGAUAUCUUCUGCGUUCUUCAGGUUUAUAAAUGCUGGG